CCCUGCCCUAGGGGCAGGGUAUCAUGAAAACAAUUUGAUGGAAGCACCUGAGGAGGAAGAGGAUAUUGAUCUUAUGAAUGAUGAGACAUUUGGUGGUGACAUUGAUGAGGACUUUGAUUGGGAGGAGCAGCAUGAAAAACUAUCAGAGGUUAUCGAAGUCGGCGACAAAGUUCUGUAUGGACGGCCAUCGAGAGGUUCUGAAUACCAAAACAACUAUGCCAGUCAAGAGGAGUUCAUGGAACAGAGUAUACGGCAGCUUGUUGUGGAGGACGAAGAAAUUGACGACCCCGCCAUCCUCAAUGUCAGCAAAAACUGCCCAAUACCCAAAAAGUGUCAGAACCUGGACGAUCUGUUUGGCCCCUCCUCCCCUCCAGCACUACUGGACACGGAGCACCUGGUGUCCCCGACCAGCAGAAACAUCUGGGGGUCCCCGGUGAAAGAGGCCUAUAUGCCCCCCACGGUCAACAACCUCCAGACUCUGUUUGAGUUUGCCAAGGCAGCAUCGGGCACCUCCCAUGCCAAAGGUGCCCCAGGAAGGACUUUGGAAGAGCUGGAACAGCAGAUAGUUCCGGGGUCAAAAGGUCAUGCGAUGACAGCAGAGGACCUGGAGCGACAGCUGAGGGGUGAGGGUCAGAAACCGCCCCCUCUUCCUGAGCCUCAUCUACAUCACCCCCCACCAGGAUUUCUACCUGGGUCACAUGGCCCAAGAAACCAGACUCCACAGCGAAUGCCCCCGGGAUAUGGUCCACCGUACAUGCCAAUGAUGGAAGGCCGGCGCUCCCCCCUGGGUCCGGGACCCUACCCUCCCCGGGCUGGUGAGGGUCCCCCUGGACCCACACCUCCUGGUCCGAUUCCACCUCACCUACUCAAUGGUAGGAGAUCCCCACUAGAUUCUGUGCCCACCACCCCUCAGAAUAAUAGAUCCUCCCCUGUGUUGUUGCAUAGGCUUUCUCCACUGGGUCCAGGAUUUGGUCACACUUCACCAUCGCCAGGAAGAGUGUCCCCCAUAUCUGUUGUAUUGAGGGGGUCACCCUCACCCCCUCCCGGAACCCCCCAGAGUUCUAUAUUAUCUGCCUAUGCACGAGGGGCUUUACAAAGUCUUCUGGGGAAUCGAAUGACCACGCCUCCCAUUGGAAUCCCCAGGCCCAUGCUUAGAGGACCGCCUCCCCCUCACAGUCCGUAUAACAGCCCAGGACCCAGACAGAGCCCGCAUGGAGGCCCCUUUGGACCCCCACACGGCAGUCCGUACGGCCCACCUCCUCCAGGAUCCUACCCACCCCCUCACAGCAGCCCAGGGGGCCCUAGACCACCUCACCCAAUGGGUCACUCAGAUCCCAGGAGGGGCCGGGGAAGGGGCCAUUUCAGAGGGCAUCGUGGAGGUUACAUGAACAUGGAUGUCAGGGAAGGUUACUCAGAAGGUCACGACCCAAACAAAUAUGAUCAAAUUCAUCACCAGGGCAACCGAGAUCAUCGCCGUGACUACCAGGAUAACCGGCGAGAGUAUGAUCGACGGAGAUAUUACCACUACAAUCCGGACGAAGACAGGAAACGAUCGGUGGAUGCCUACGCUGGACUCAUGACCCAGAAAGAGAAAGACUGGAUUAUCAAAAUCCAGCUCAUCCAGCUCCAGACGGAGAAUCCUUAUCUGGAUGACUUUUACUACACUACUUACACCCUAAAGAAGAAGGCUGAGGAACGCCUCAAGAGACAGCAGAAUGGGGCGUUAGACGACAAGGACUCGGAGCUGAACCUCAUCAUACCAGCCAUGGCUAAACUGGAGACCAAGCCCUACAAACCAGCUCAGUUUGAAGGCUCUCUGGGCAGAUUAACCACCUCAAGUGUUCACAAUCCCAGGCAAAUUAUUGACGUCAGGAGUGACAACAAGCCACACUCAGAGGAAGGAGAGCCCAAGAAUGUCUCCAAGGAGCUGAGACGCAGCAGGCAGCUGUUGAUGGAGAUAGAGAAUGGUUAUAAUCUUCUCUUAGAUGUGGAUGACAUCGAAAAGAAAAUAUUAGCUUUGCCAGAAGAAGCAAGGAAACCAUUAUUUGAAGACAGGAAGAACAUGCUGACAGAUCUCUAUAAAUAUUUACUGUGCCCAGGAAACAAUGAUCAUUUCUUGUCCAUCAUGUCAAUCCGCAAAGGGAGGAAACUGGUGGCUCGGGUCCUACCACUUCUGGAAAAGAGCCAGGCAGAGAAUAUGGUACAGUUACUGAUGAGGAACAUGGCAUAUCUGAUCAAAAAGGAUCAAGGAGACGAGGGUCUGAUGUGUCUCCACGACUCAGUGAUCCGUGUGAUUGACACGUGUGACCUCCAGCGUCUGGUUGAGUUUGCCACGGAGCUGAAGGAAUCCCGACAAAACCAGUCAAAGACCACUGCUGUCGCCAUACAGAACAAGUUCGGCAGCUCUUUGGUGUGUACUCUGCUUCACCGAGGUGAAGUUCUCCAUGCCAACACCUCACCUCUAGACAUGGACAAUCAGCUGGAAUCACUAUGGUGCCAGUUUGUCCAUGAAUUCGCAGGAAUUCUUGCGGUGGUGCCAACGGAAUCUCUUGUUCACCCAAAACAGCACCACGCCUCCAUAACGGAGCACUUUGAUCGACUCCUCAACAAAAAACUGAUCGCUGUCAUCGAAGACAAAGUUAAACUCUUCACUGAACCGGAACGGGCUGCGUGAUGUCUUGGUCUGGUCACUAGAGUAACUUUCGUCUGGAGAGAAAGAAUUUUGACAAUUGUAUACAUUAGAAUGUAAAUUAAAUCUUUGCUGAAUUUUAAUGAAAAGAUAGCUAUCAAGCAAGAUCAUCAGAGCAAUGAAGCUGUUACAACUCACCAGUAAGAUUAUAUCGUCUGGAGUUACUUGUGCAUGGCUGAUUCAUCGCUUAUGGAGUCAGAAUAUUUCAAAAAACUUAGGGCUGUUCUUCAAGCUGGUUUUUGUGGAUCCGAAGUUGUUUACACAUUAUCAUUUACCUUUCUUUUUUGGAGGAAAUAAGAAUUUCUUUAUUGGAACUUACAUGUAAAAUUAUCAACCCUUUGUGUGUCAACGUAUAUUAUGGGUGUUAAACUCAUCCCAAAACUGAAAAGAAAUAUUGCUUCCCAUUUUAAAAAUGCAUUUUUAUUUUUUUUUAUGGCAGUAUCCCAUCAUGAAUUUAUUAAUAAGCGAAUGAAAUUGCAUGGAACAUUUUGUGUGUAUUUAUAUAUAUCUUUUCUUCGAUCUUGUCACAAAGUCUUCUAAGAGGGAAAGUUUAAAAAAAUUACCCAUGAUUCAUUAGAGGAAAAGAUUUUUUGUCUUUGAAUUAAGAGUGGUCAUUUUUUUGUACAUAAAACUUAAAUCAUGAUUCACUUCCUCUAACAUUUGUAUCAAUGUCUGCAGCAACUAGCACACCAUAUCCAUAUACAUAUAUAUCUAAUCAAUUAAACAGUUUGUUUUCAAUCUGAAAAAGGAGUUCAUACUUGUAUCAGUAUUUGAGAUGCACUGUUUCUUUCACAUUUUUUUAAAGAAGAAUUUUAAUAAGUAAUUCAAUUUAAUUAUGUAUUAACACCAUCUACUACAUGUGUAAAUCCUUACCCUCUACAUGUUUGGAAAUAUUCAUUUUAUAUAAUGUAAAAAAAAAAAUGAUUUGUAAUGUUGGCUGUGAUAAGGGAACUAGUAUAAACUGGUGGGCCCAGAGUAAUAUUUGUGUUGUAAGUGGUAGAGUCUAGCUAGUGUAUUGUGUUAGUGACUUGUAUAACCAAUACUUGAUCAUACUUUGGUCUGUGGGGCGAUAUUUUGUUAUGCCCAGGCGAUAUACGUUUUAGGAUACUAAUGUCUGUGGGGCGAUAUUUGUUAAGCCCAGGCGAUAUAUGUUUAGGCCUUAAAACACAGACCAUUUUGAUUUUGAUUUUCUUCACCCAGUAAUAGUGCUUUUGUUACACUAAUGCAUUUGAAAGUAAAGAUUUGCAAAUAAAUUUUUGAUUAUUUUU